GAAUCCUGAUCUGGGGGCUCCUGCUCUCCAUCUCCAGCUGUCUUGCCUACUAUGAGGACCUUCUCACAUGUUUCCAGGAUCCUGAAUACAAGGCCUUCCUUACCAUAGCCCAGAAUGGGCUCCAUACCUCGCCACUGCCCAAGCGUGUGGUGAUAGUGGGAGCUGGAAUGGCAGGCCUGGCAGCUGCUAAGACCCUACAGGAUGCAGGUCAUCAGGUAACCAUCUUGGAGACCAGUGACCACAUCGGAGGUCGGGUGGUCACAUUCAGGAACGAGGAAGAAGGCUGGUACAGUGAAUUGGGGCCAAUGAGAAUCCCAAAAUCCCACAAGCUGAUCCACACCUAUAUCAAGAUGCUUGGCCUAAAGCUAAAUAAAUUCAUCCAACACAACAACAACACCUGGUACCUUAUCAAUGGACAUCGCUAUCGUGCCUGGGAGGUCAAGGCUAAUCCGGAGCUCUUGGGCUACUCCAUGAGCCCCACAGAGAAGGGGAGGAAUGCUGAGGACCUCUUCUACCAGGCCAUUAUGAAGCUCAGACAACAUGUAAAGACAUUCAACUGCAGCUACCUCCUGUCUCUUUACGACUCUUAUUCCACCAAAGAUUACCUGCUGAAGGAAGGCAUGCUGAGCAGAGGGGCAGUUCAGAUGAUCGGGGAUAUGAUGAACGAGAAUGCUGGAUACUACAAGUCCCUUCUGGAGUCCCUAAGGAUGGCUAGCAUCUUCUCCAACAGGGACAA